AUGCCGAUGGAACGAACCGCGAGUGUGGAGGACAUGGUGGGUAACCUGUGGCGGCUGGGGCGAACGCCGUCGCAGGCUGAGUUCGAGCAGUUCUUCAGCAACAUAGCUCAGGUGGGCUCACAACAGAAUCUGGCGGCGCAAGCGGCGGCCGCGCAGGCCGCGCAGGCGGCCCAACCGGAGACGAACGGGACUGACGCUACGGGGAUUCCCCGCGUCGCGUCAAUAGACCUGCUGCGCAAGAUGAUUAUGCAGGGUCAGCAGCCGCCCGUCGCGCCGGCGAUGGUCCCAAACCUCAUGAACCCGAUGGCGGGCAUGGGUGCGAUGCAAACAGGACUCGGAGGCGCAGGCCUCGGCGUGGCCGGAAUGAUCCCCGGAGUGGGCGCCGCGGGCAUCAACCCCGUCGCCCUCGCCGCCGCCGGCAUCCCCGGCAACGUGGCGCCCCCGUCUCCCAAGGUUGAGAAGAAGCCCCCCAAGCGAGCGCCGGCUCCCAAGACGAAGGCUCCCGCAAACAAGAAGACGUCACCGGCGCCGGCGAAGAAGGGCGUCAAGCGCGAGGCCAGCGCGGACCCUAGCGACAAGGCCAGCGACGAUGACUUCAGCGACAGUGAGGGCGGCGAAGGCGAGGGCGGCAAGGGCAAGACCACCGACGAGGUUCGACGGCAGCGGAGGAUGCUGUCCAAUAGGGAGAGCGCGAGGCGGUCUCGGCGUCGUAAGCUGGAGCACGUGGCCACUCUGGAGGGGCAGAUCAACCAGCACAAGGCGGAGAACCUCGCGCUGCUGGAGAGGCUGAGGGAGAGCGAGGCGCGGGUGGAGGCUGUCGUUCGGGAAAACGCUCAGCUCAAGGCGGAGAUUGUCCGAAUGAGCGAGGUGGCGGGCGCCGGCGGAAAGCCGAUGGAGAGGGCGUCGUCGCUGCAGCGCAUCGCCAGCGCCGGGAACCUCGCGAAGAGCAACCUCGGCGGGACGGCGUCGCCGCAGAUGAGCGGCGACGACUCGCCGCGCGGGUUUGUCCCUUUCAGAUCGCUGCAGUCGUACGAGAACCUCCUCUCGCUGCAGGCGCAGGGGCGCUGA